CUAUAAGCGAGCCACGUGGGAGUCUGCUCUAUCAAUCCAACAUGCAGAACAGUCACAGCGGAGUGAAUCAACUCGGCGGUGUGUUUGUCAACGGUAGACCACUGCCAGAUUCAACCAGACAGAAAAUAGUGGAACUAGCGCAUAGUGGGGCUCGUCCGUGCGAUAUCUCCAGAAUCCUGCAGACCCAUGCAGAUGCAAAAGUCCAAGUGCUGGACAAUCAAAACGUGUCGAAUGGAUGUGUGAGUAAAAUUUUGGGCAGGUAUUACGAAACUGGCUCCAUCAGACCCAGGGCAAUCGGAGGUAGUAAACCGAGAGUAGCGACUCCAGAAGUUGUAAGCAAAAUAGCACAGUAUAAACGCGAGUGCCCCUCCAUCUUUGCGUGGGAGAUUCGAGACAGAUUACUAUCAGAGGGGGUCUGUACCAACGAUAAUAUACCCAGUGUAUCGUCAAUAAACAGAGUUCUCCGCAACCUGGCUAGCGAAAAGCAACAGAUGGGUGCCGAUGGGAUGUAUGACAAGCUAAGGAUGCUGAAUGGACAGACAGGGACAUGGGGCACGCGACCUGGAUGGUACCCCGGGACCUCCGUGCCAGGGCAGCCCACACAAGAUGGCUGCCCGCAGCAGGAAGGAGGUGGUGAAAACACUAACUCCAUCAGCUCUAAUGGGGAAGAUUCAGAUGAGGCCCAGAUGAGACUUCAGCUGAAAAGAAAGCUGCAGAGGAAUAGGACAUCCUUUACACAAGAGCAAAUUGAAGCUCUUGAGAAAGAAUUUGAGAGAACCCAUUACCCUGAUGUGUUUGCCAGAGAGAGACUAGCUGCCAAAAUAGACCUGCCUGAAGCAAGAAUACAGGUGUGGUUUUCUAACAGAAGGGCAAAGUGGAGAAGGGAAGAGAAACUGAGGAAUCAGAGAAGACAAGCCAGCAACACUCCCAGUCAUAUUCCUAUCAGUAGUAGUUUCAGCACAAGUGUCUACCAACCAAUCCCGCAACCUACCACACCUGUUUCCUCUUUCACAUCAGGUUCAAUGUUGGGCAGAACAGACACAGCACUAACAAACACAUACAGUGCUCUGCCACCCAUGCCUAGCUUCACAAUGGCUAACAACCUGCCUAUGCAACCCCCAGUACCUAGUCAGACCUCCUCCUACUCUUGCAUGCUGCCCACUAGUCCGUCAGUGAAUGGGCGGAGCUAUGAUACCUAUACACCUCCUCACAUGCAGACACACAUGAACAGCCAGCCAAUGGGCACUUCUGGCACUACUUCAACAGGUCUUAUUUCCCCUGGAGUGUCAGUUCCAGUUCAAGUUCCUGGCAGUGAACCCGAUAUGUCUCAAUACUGGCCAAGAUUACAGUAAAACAUGUGUUAAUUCCAUAAAUGACUAUAUGGACAACAGUUGGAUGUUCAGCAGUAUUUUAUAAAGGAAGAAUGGCUCUCAAAGUACUUCUGUACUGCAACUGUGCCCUAUACCGUAACACAUGGAAAAGACUCUAACAUGGACCUUUGUACAAUGAAGGCAUUAUAUCAGUUGGAACAAAUCUUCAUUUUGGUAUCCAAACUUUUACUCAUUUUGGUGUAUUAUUUGUAAAUGGGCAUUUGUAUGUUAUAAUGAAAAAAGAACAAUGUAGACUGGAUGGAUGUUUGAUUUGUGUUGGUCAUGAAGUUGUUUAAAAAAAAGGAAGCCAUGAUCAACAAGCUUUGCCACGAAUUUAAGAGUUUUAUCAAGAUAUAUCGAAUACUUCUACCGAUCUGUUCAUAGAUUAUGGACUGAUGUUCCAAGUUUGUAUCAUUCCAUUGCAUAUAACUGAACCUGGAACAAUACGCACUAGAUUUAUGUAAGAAAAAUAUCUGUUGGAAUUUCCAAAGGUUGUUAACAGAUGAAGCUUAUGUGCAAACAAGGGGUAAGAGAGAACUUCAAUGAAGAAAAGUUUGAUAGAUAAAAGGUAGAUUGUGUCUUCGAUAUAAUCCAAUUUGUUUUAUGUCGAAAUGUAAGUAUUUGUCUUCCCUAGAAAUCUCCCAGAAUGAUUUCUAUAAUAAAGUUAAUUUCAUUUAUAUUUGACAAGAAUAUUCUAUAGAUGUUUUAUACACAUUUUCAUGCAUCAUACGUUUCUUUUUUGGUCGGCAAAAGUUAAUUGUUCUUAGAUAUAGCUGUACUACUGUUCACAGUCCAAUCAUUUUUGUGCAUCUAGAGUUCAUUCCUAAUCAAUUAAAAGUGCUUGCAAGAGUUUUAAACUUAAGUGUUUUGAAGUUGUUCACAACUACAUAUCAAAAUUAACCAUUGUUGAUUGUAAAAACCA